GCGGGUUAUUGCCUCUGUCCACAACGAUCACCAUGGUACGCAGAGCGUUGUCCGACGCGACGGACGACUCCCUGAAAGAAAACUCUCGUCGCGCACCGGUCUCUGCACAGAAGCCCACCAAAAUGCGCAGAGAAACGUUACGAGAUAAGCGUGUACGACGCGCCGAAGAUGAUGAAGAUGUCGCAGAUGAUGCACAUUUGAAUGGCCAUGACGAGGCUCGGGAUGUCCAAGGUGGUAACGAAGACGGUGCGGAAGGUGAGAUAGAAGACGAGGAUGAAGCAGACGACGAAGACACCGGUGGCUCACCCAAAGGGCGGAAACGCGCCAGAGCUAAUACAAUUGGCGACUCCCAUCCCACUGACGGUAACGUCAAGGGAAAACAGAAGGCUGUCACUCUACCUCGAGAUGUUGAUGGGUUCAUACCCGGUUCCAUUAUGCGCAUCCAACUAAGGAACUUCGUCACAUACGACUAUGUGGAGUUCUUCCCCGGCCCUCAUCUUAACAUGAUCUUAGGUCCAAAUGGUACUGGCAAGAGCAGCAUCGCUUGCGCGAUAUGCCUUGGUCUGAACUUCCCCCCCAGUGUUCUAGGACGUGCUUCUGAACUUAGCGCAUUCGUUAAGCUCGGAACAUCCGACGGUCAUAUUGAGAUUGAGCUGAAAGGCCCCAAGGGCAAGCCAAACCUUGUCAUCAGACGUACUCUCAGUGCCACCAGCAAAAGUUCACAGUUCAUCUUGAACGGUCACGCUAUGAGCGGUCGUGAGGUCAAUCAACGAAUGGCCGAGCUGAACGUCCAAGUCAGUAAUCUUUGCUCUUUUUUGCCGCAAGACAAAGUUGCCGAAUUUGCUCGUAUGAGCCCUCAACAGUUGCUGCGAGAGACUCAGCGAGCCGCCGGUAAUGAGAACUUGACCGCUUGGCACGAUACUCUCAUCACAGCUGGCAAGGAGCUAAAGCACCUUGAGACGACCUUGACUGCGGAUCGAGAACAACUCAAGACGUUGCAGGAGCGGAACGCGAACCUUGAGCGCGACGUCAAGCGUUACGAAGAGCGGCGCGCGAUUGAGAAAGAGAUUGAACUCCUUGAACUCAUGUUGCCUUUCGUGGAGUACACCGAGGCAAAGCGGAAGUACGACCAACUGAAGGCCGCACAAACGGAGAUGCAUGAAAAGGUCAAGAAGUUGAACGAGAGUAAUGCUCCCUAUAUUAACCUAACCAAGAAAAUGGACAAACAACUCAAAGACCUUCAAGAUUUGCGCGAGAAGAAAAAAUCCGCCACUCAGCAGAAGUUUGCAUCGAUGAAACGGAAAUGGCAGGAGAACUUGACUCUGGAGGGUCAGGCCGAGGAACUCAAGAAUGAACUCGAUAACUUGAAGACACGAGAGAAGAACCGCCUCAAAGAGAUUCAGAAGUCGGAGAAGACUGUUGAGAAUUUGCAGAAGAACAUAGAUAACCCGCCAAAAAUCGAAGAUGUGGAGGCGAUCAAAGAGCAGCUCAAACAACUGCGAGCCGAAAGCCGUGACGUUACAGAGAGGCAAGGGGAUCUGCAAGAACGGCAACGUACGUGCAUUGAAGAGGAGUCCAGACACAAGAUGGAAUUAGAGAACGCCCGCCGAAAUCUGCGUCAGCUUGACGAUGUAAACUCUAGACGACUCAAGGAGUUAGAAAAGGUAGACAAAGACGCUGCAGACGUUGUGCAAUGGCUUCGCCAGAAUCGGCAUCGAUUCAGGAUGGACAUCAUAGAACCACCCAUCCUCUCUUGCGCUGUUCCUGAUACCAAAUUCGCUACUGCAGUUGAGGCUUGCUUCAACUUUAAUGACCUCCGGACAUUCGUGGCUCAAUGUCAGGAAGAUGCCACACUUCUGAAUCGGCUUGUUGUCGACUCUCCGGACGCGCUGGGUCGCAGAGUACGCAUCAAUUCGUGGUUCCGACCCAGGCCAGAAUAUGCCGAUCCUCCAAUGUCCGCGGAAGAGCUGAGAGGACUUGGUUUCGAUGGCUACGCGUCCGAUUUCAUUCAGUGUCCCGAUGGCCUUAGACCUUUCUUGCACAGUACUCUCAACUUACACCGCACGGCAAUUGCGGUUCAAGCACCGAACCGAGUCGAUGCUGGGCGUGCGAUGGAAGUCGUGGCUCGUUCAGGUGGUGCUUCCUACAUUGUUGGGAACACCUAUAAUCAAGUAUCCAGAUCGCGAUACGGUCAGCAGAAAGCCCAGAAUCAAACUAGAGAUAUUCGACAUGCCAGAUUCUUCCUCUUCGCUGAUGCUGAUCCUGCGCAGAAGGCGGCGGCGGAGAAUGCAAUUCGGGAAGCCGAGUUCCAUCUCGAAGGUUGCAAGAAGCAGAUCAAUGAACUGUCCGUGGAGGAUUCCAAGAUCCGAGCUGAGAUAAAUGAGUUCUCUUCAAAGAAUAAUGCCUUAGAGAAGCGGAAGAAGGCCGCAAUCGAUAUCAAGAAGAAGCUCGAAACGAUGAAACUGAAGCUUGGUAGGUUACCUUUUAGAUUGCAAUCUCACAGUUGUACAAAGCUCUUACGCGAUCGUAAUUCAGUCAGCGAGCAGGGUCAAUUGGAUCGAUUGCGCAAGCAACCUUCUGUUGAUGCGGAACGGGCUAAACUCAAGAGCAAGAUCCUCAAGUGCUCCGCCCAGCGUGUCAUAGUCCUGAAAGAUUACGAGAAACUCGCACGAGAAGCCAUCGCAAGCCAAACUGAAGCAUCUAAGGUCGCCUUGGAGGCCUUGCAAGUUGCUGCGAAUCACGCUCAAUUGAAGGCCAUGUGUUCUGAACGUGAGGAUGAGAUGCAGAAGGCACUUGCCGAGUUCAAUAAAGUCCGUCAGGAGUACCAGAUUGCCAAACUCGAUUCUAGGGCAAAACUGGAUGCUAGCAAAGAGAAGAUCAAUUCAGUUGAUGAGGAGCUUCGCGCGCGUUUCCAAGAGAUGGAGCAAACUGGCGAAGCCCAGAAACGCUCCGUGGAGGAGCUGACUGUCGAGUUGCAAACGCAGCAGGAGAAACUGGAGUUGAGUAUGCACACCAAUCCUGGCGUGGUGGACCAGUACAAGAAGCGUCAAGAGGCGAUUGCGGAGCUCGAGAGGCAGAUCGAAGAGCGAGAGGAGAAGGUCCAGAAGAAGGAGCGUGCUAUCAAACUGGCGCGAGACAACUGGGAGCCUGCUCUAACUAGGCUUGUAGAGAGCGUUGGGCAGAAGUUUUCUGCAGCAUUCGAUCGCAUUGGAUGCGCUGGCGAAAUUAAACUCACUCCCCACGAAGACUACGACAAGUGGGCGAUUGAUAUUCUUGUCAAGUUCCGUGACCACGAGAAACUUCAGUUGUUGACUGGCGAACGGCAAUCCGGAGGCGAACGUUCUUUGACCACUAUCAUGUAUUUGAUGAGUCUGACAGAAGAAGCGCGUACUCCAUUUUCUCUGGUCGACGAGAUCAAUCAGGGAAUGGACGCUCGAGCCGAACGCGCUGUCCACAAUUCUCUUGUCGAAGUUACCUGCAAAUCCGACAGUGGCCAAUACUUCCUAAUCACACCCAAGCUUCUCGCCGACCUCUUGUAUCACGAACGCAUGAAGGUCCUUUGCGUGAACAACGGCGAGUGGCUCCCGGAGGAGACUGACCGCGUAGGCAACAUGAUGAGGAUGAUCGAGGGAUAUGUCAACCAUCGCUCAAGAGCUUCUGCAUGAGCAAGUUCAUUCCAUCGUCAUAAGUUAUUGUUGUUAUACCCUUCUGUUAUGACUGUUAUACCUUAAUUUUUUUUGUUGCUCUGCAUACUUUAGAGAAGAUUAGUAGAGUACAGUAUAGUCCUCUUGUGCCUUUUUUUUCACCAGCCUUCUCGUUGCUGUUGUCAUUGCAGAGUCCGCGUACCUUACAUGUACAAGAAAUUGAUGCAUCGUUGUUCUGAAUCCCUUGCUCUCUCCAUACGAUGCUCAGUUGGGUCUGUUCAGAACUGAAAGAUAUUGCAAACAAGUAUCACGAUGUAUUGGAUGUGUCAUAGACCAAGUUCCGAAUAUCAGAA